AGGUAUUAAUUGUUACACUAACUGUUAAAAUACCAGUACACCUUCACAACUAUGCAAAGUAAGCGUUCAGUAUUAAUCUUCAUGAAAAUGUAACAUUUGUAAAAUCUCUAAAAUUGAAUAAUUGCUUCACAUUGAUGCUGUAAUUUUGCUUUGAUUAAAAUCAAAUUAUUACUGGUCCUUCAUUCAAUGUAAAGCAAUCAGAAUCGGAGCCUUUUAGUAAUCCAUUUAAAGAUCAUUCAUUUUGCAAAAAAAAUGGUCGAAUCGGACUGUGCGAAUCCUGUUUCAAUUAAGAAGAAGGUUGAGAUUUCAUCGAAAAAUUUCAAAAUAAAUUUAGACGAAAAUGAGUUAUCUUUAAACAUGGAAGAUACAAGUAAAAAGAAAAAAACACAAAACCCUUUUGAGAAGCUUGGAUUAAGCUCUUUUGUAACACGUGCUGUUUACAAACUUGGGUUCAAUCUACCGACACCAAUACAACGAAAAGUGGUUCCGGUGGUACUUGCAGGAAGGGAUGUAGUUGCAAUGGCACGUACUGGAAGUGGAAAAACUGCUGCGUUUCUCCUACCCAUCAUAGAAAAACUUUUCGAGCAUAAAACCAUAGUCGGUAUACGCAGUGUUAUUCUGGAACCAACUAGAGAGUUAGCGUUUCAGGUUGAAAAAGUUGCUUGUCAACUUAGUCGUUUCACGAACCUGCGUAUUACCAGUAUAGUUGGAGGAAGCAGUAUGGAAAAUCAGUUUUCCAGCUUAUCGCGUAACCCGGAUAUUGUAGUUGCUUGUCCAGGACGAUUAAUGCAUCAGGUUAUUGAAACAGAUAUUCCUCUUACCACUGUACAAUUUCUUGUGAUUGACGAAGCUGAUCAAAUGUUUGAUCUCGGUCUUGGUGACCAAGUUCUACUUUUGCUAAAACGAAUGAAUUCUAAUAAACAAUGCAUAUUAACGUCGGCUACACUACCCUCUCAACUGGUUGAAUUCGCAGCAGUGGGACUCAGAUCACCCUUUUUUAUACGUCUAGACUGCGAUGCGACCAUUUCCCCGACACUAGAUAUGUGGUUUCUUUAUAUUCGAAAAGAAGAAAAAUUAGCAGGCUUAUUGUUUCUUCUUCGUCACAUUCUUCUAUCUGUGGAUCGAUGUGUCAUGAAUUCUUUAUAUUCUACAGGUGCACUUCUCCCUCAAGGUGUUUUAAUUUUCACCGCCUCACGUCAUCAUGUUGACUUUCUUGGUGCUUUUUUGACAAAAUUUGGUAUCAAUGCACAGGUUGCGUAUGGCUCUAUGGAUCUACAAGCCCGAGUAGAAAGCGUUUCACGCUUUCGAAAAGGUUUAUCAAAGGUUUUAAUUGUUACCGACGUAGCAGCACGUGGAUUAGAUCUUCCUGUUGUCGGUUGUGUUUUAAAUUUUGAUUUCCCGAUAUCUCCGAAACAUUUUGUUCAUUGUGUUGGGAGAACAGCUCGCGCCAAUAGACCUGGACUGGCUGUCUCCUUUGUAACACGCGAGGAACUAGCGUAUGCUGAAGAAGUUUUACUUUUUUCGGGAGUACCUGGUUUUGAAAAAGCGGCUAAAAUAACCUCCUCUGGUUUUGAUGAAAACAUAUCAACUACAAAAAAUUUUAAAUCUAUUAUUAGUGGGUUUCCAGAUUUGAGUUUUGAAAUGGAACUAGUUCGAGAUGCAUUUCAAAACGAUAUUGAAAUGCAAAAUUUAGCACGAACCAUGGCUAAUGCUUCCAUACAACACAUGAAAACCCGUAGGCCAGCGUCUCACCAGUCAAUAAAAAAGGCAAAAAGGCUCAUUGAUGGAGAUAGUAUUGAGCUUAGUUCAUCUAUACAUCCAGUUUUUUUCAAAUGUUUACCUCGUUUGAAAACAUUAAAGUGCAAAGAAGAAAGUACUAGAGAUGAAUUUAUAAAAACCUUACAUAGUAUAAAACCGAAAACGACAUCUAAAGUUAAAAAAGGAGGAAGGCAUGGGGGCGUACUGAAUCCAAGUGUUGUUGAUGGUCUUGAAAAACUACAGUUUACCACAAAAUUAAAAAACUUCUCAAUAAAUUUUACAAAAAAUGAAUGUAGAAACAUGGCAGAGUGUGACAUCGAUUUCCCUUACACUCAUUCAAAAAAUGUUGUCGAGGAUGUUGACGUCGCUAUGACAAACGCGAGUUCGACCAAUGGCUUGUCAUGUGAGAGAAUGAAUGGCUCCCUGACGGUUAGACGUCCACGUAUGUCUGUGGCAGAAAGACGUCGCUUAAAAAAAGAACGGGGAAACGUUUGCGAUACUGCCACAAAAACAAUAGGCACAGUUAAAUGUGACGCGAAACUGAUGAGCAUUGAGAAACCAGCUUCGAUCACGUUUGACGUUUUUGAUUGGAAGACUAAAGCAGUUAAUUCCGGAAAGCCCUUCUUCUUUCUAGACAACGAAAAGCCUACGGAUGACGAAACUAAAACGCUUCGCGAAGCACAUUUUCAAUUAAAUCCAAGAAAAACUGACAUUACAUAUAAUGCUAUAUCUCAAAUGAAUGCUGCUGCAUUAGAUCUGGUUCCCGAAGAUCAUACUCAGCGACGACAUAAAACUAAACUUGCACGAAGAUGGAAUGCACAACGUAAAAAAUAUGUGAUGGCUUCGGUUGAUUGUGAAUCUGGGGACGUGUUGCGAACAAAAAAAAUUAAACAGCGUAAUGAGGCAGGCGUUAUCUGCAGAGGUGAGAUUCAAAAAAAAGGAAUCUACAAGAAAUGGGUGCAGUCCACGCACUGUGUUAUCCAAAAAGCUGGGGAAUUAGAAAAAGAUCAAUCUUUCAUUCGACGCAAUCGGUAUUCUCAUAUAAAUAAUCAUGGAGAACAACCUGAAGAUGAUUUAAAACCUUUGGAAAACCGCCGUAAAAGUACUAUUAACAAUAAUAAAAAAGGACAUUGUCGAACUUACCCAAAUCAAUCAAAUCACUGCGGUUUAAACAAGCGUUCUUGUAAAGCUGAGAUUAAAAAUACUGAGCAGAUCUUGAAAUUCAAGAAGGAUAAAUUAAUGAAAGAAGCUAAGCAGAAUGUACGAGUGAGAAUGGAAAUGCGCAAAAAGAAUAAAGAAGCUCACAUGAAAAAACGACGAAAACAAAAUGAAGCACGCGCUAUUCCUAGAAGAACUUUUCCUUUGAUUCGUACACGGAAAACCCGCAAAUCAAAUUAAAAAGUUCUAAAAGAUAAUUUUUUUCGUUUUUCUAAACUUUCUAAUUGUUUUUUGAAUGCGAGACUUUUACUCAAUCCAGUGGUCAAUGGCGUUCUGUCAUUCGCUUGAAAGAGAAUCUUAACAUAUUUUAUUAUUACUUCGAUAAGUUAUGUGAGAAAUAAGAUGGAUGGUUAUUUAUUGAAUCGUACAUGUCAAUUAUAAAGAUUUAAAAUGUGAGAUUGUUAAUCAUCCUUUAUAACACAAAAAGUAUUACUUAUUAUGUAUUUGAGGAUCGAUUGACACUUUG